AUGGCCAUGCCACUCCGAUUAAGGCCCUCCGGGCUGAGUCGGAACCUCUUUAAUGUCCCUAAGCAAAUUACCCCUCCCGCCCGGUGCCGCGUAUCACCGUCACGAAGCUACGGUACCUCCGACCGACUCCCGAAGAUCGCAGAUGCCUCAGUAUGGACAGCGAUGAUUCCUCGAUUUAUUCGCAAUCGCAAGCCGCGCCAGAAGAGCGAGUCGAAAGAAUGGAACCCAGCUACUUUCUACAUCAUCAUGUUCACGCUCAUCGGCUCGCAAGCCAUCCGAAUGCUCACAUUGAAGAACGACUAUGCGGGAUACCGACGGACGACGGACGCGAAGAUCGAGCUGCUGAAGGAGGUCAUUGAGCGCGUGAAGAGUGGGGAGAAGGUGGAUGUGGAAAAAUUGCUGGGCACGGGUGACGAGGCGAAGGAGAAGGAAUGGGAAGAAGUUCUGCGAGAAAUCGAACAGGAAGACACCCUGUGGAGCCAAAGGUCGAAGAAGGAAACGAUUCCUGAACCUCCUAAGGAACGUACUGAGCCUACGCAAAUGUCUCAAGGCAAGGAUUCCGCCGUGCCUUCGACGGCUAGUGCGGAUGAUGAGACUAUGAGGAAAACUCAGUCGACCCGGAAAAUGAACUUUUUCUAA